AUGGAAAUAUUAAAAACUGGAAGCUCUGCUAUAGAUAAAUCAUUUGGUAGAGGAGGAUAGAGAAAAGAUGCCGUAGUAAUAGUAUCGAAUUUAGAAAUUCAUAAACCUGUUCUUACUUUUUGUGAUAUGAGUUAAGCAUAAAAAGAAUAUGCCAUUGAAAUUGCUGAACAUGCUUUUUGCUAAGAAUUGCCAUCUAAAAGAGAGAAAAUAUAUAUUAAAGAUAUCUGA